UGACACGUCGCGAAGCAAAUCCAGUUUCGAAAGCGCCAAUAAAUCAAAUCACAUCUUAUUACUUCCCCCAAAUCAGAAUCACUUAGAAAAACCCUAAAUCAUGGCGAUCGCACCGGCAAUGCAGACGACGUUCGUGUCAUCUACGAACUUUCUGAAACAAUCGAGACCUUCUUCUUCUUCUUCGUGGGGAUCCUCACCGAGCAAUGUGAUUUUUCCCAAAAACAAGAGAUCUUCUUCCUCUUCUUCCUCCGUAAUUGUUGCAGCUGUCGGUGAUGUCUCUUCCGACGGAACCAUCUACCUGAUAGCCGGAGCUGCCGCAGUCGCGCUCGUCGGGACGGCUUUUCCGAUCCUCUUCAAACGCACCGACACGUGUCCGGAAUGUGACGGAGCAGGAUUUGUGAGGAAGCAGGGAGCGACUUUGAGGGCGAACGCGGCACGGAAGGAUCUUCCUCAGAUCGUUUGCGCAAACUGCAAUGGACUCGGAAAACUUAACCAGAUUGAUAAAUAACUCUUUUAUUUAUCUUCCUCCACCGAUAUGUAAACAACAAAAUCCACUUUCUUUCUUCUUCUCUGUAAUAAUACUCUGUAAUUCUUCCUCCUGAAACCGUAAGAGUAUAUAUUCGCGACAGCUUGUGAACGGUUAAUGCGUGGUGAUACAAUUGUUUGUAGCUGUCGUAAAAUUCUUUGUUAGUCUUACGACAACUACAAACAUUAGCUACUAUAAUAUUUUAAGAGUAACAAUGAUGACCAUCUGUCAUUCUCAUCUCACAUCACAUGCAUAUAUUUGUUUAGUUUGUUUAUGUGAUUAGUUUAAUGAUUUCCUAUAUGGUAUCGCUAGAAACGUUCUUGAUAUUUUUUGAACAAUUUGUUCUAUUUUUUAUCACCAAUAUAUAUAAAAUUCAAUGUGUGAGUCGCGCG